AGGGGCUCGCAAGGGUUGCCUGACAGCCCGUACCAGGCCAUGACACGCAAGGCCGCAGCCGGUGCGGCCGCCGUGGCAGGCAUGGCUGCAGUCAGCAGCUCGGCCUUCGUGUCUGGCCCGGUGGCUGCAAGGCAGCGAGAGGGCACGGUCACCGGACGGGCGUGGACCCCAGGCGCCGCAGCGCGGCCAGCCCAGGCGGCACAGACGCUGAGCAGUGCGGCGGUGCUGGCCACAGGCGCUGGCAUCCUUGCUUGCCGCAGCGGGAGGAGCCAGGCACGCGGCUGCGCGCUGCGGGCAUUCGAGAGCGAGACGGGGGUGCAGCCCCCCGUGGGCUUUUGGGACCCCUUGGGCCUGUCCGCCAGCGGCAACUUGAGCGACUUCAAGCGCCGCAGGGAGGUGGAGCUGAAGCAUGGACGGGUGGCGAUGUUUGCCACCAUGGGCUACAUUCUGCCCGAGUAUUGGCGCUUCCCAGGGUACCUGUCCAAGUUCUUGGACAUCAAGUUCGCAGAUGUGCCCAACGGCCUCAGCGCUUUCUCCAAGGUGCCGGCCCUAGGCUGGUUGCAGAUCGUGGGCUUCGCAGGCAUCGUGGAGCUGAACAUCUACAACGAGCAGAUCAACGAUGAGCCUGGCAACUACGGCGCUGGCUUUUUGGGCCUUCGAUCCGUCGGUAUCAUGAACACCGGUAUCACCGACCCAGAGCUGCGAAAAAAGAAGCUCAACGCGGAGUUGGCCAACGGCAGACUGGCCAUGAUGGCGAUCAUCGGCAUGUUCUUCCAGGAUGGCUUGACCGGUUCCGCCUGGGGCGACUGGGCCAACUACACGGCUUCACCCCUUCGAGCAUUCGAGAACGAGCUUGGCGUGCAGCCGCCGGUCGGAUUCUGGGAUCCCGUUGGCUAUACUCGCGACGGCGAUGUGACUACCUUCAAGCGCCGCAGAGAGACUGAGAUCAAGCACGGCCGGGUGGCCAUGUAUGCCACAAUGGGGUACAUCGUGCCAGAGUACUUCAAAUGGCCUGGCUACCUUUCGCCGUCGAUGGGCCUGAAAUUCAGCGACAUCCCAAAUGGUUUGGCAGCUAUUACAAAGGUCCCAGGGAACGGUUGGGCUCAGAUUGUUGCCUUUGCUGGAUACUAUGAGCUCAGCGUGUACAAGUACAAGGGCGAACCAGGCUCAUACGGAUGGAAGUUGCUCACUGCCUCCGACGAAGAGGGACGCAAGCGCAAGCUUAGCGCCGAGCUUGCCAACGGACGUUUGGCAAUGAUGGCAAUCAUCGGCAUGUUCUUUCAGGAUGGCUUGACCGGCUCUGCCUGGGGUGACUGGUCGCUGUACACUGAUUCACCCCUUCGAGCAUUCGAGAACGAACUUGGCGUGCAGCCGCCGGUCGGAUUCUGGGAUCCCGUUGGCUAUACUCGCGACGGCGAUGUGACUACCUUCAAGCGCCGCAGGGAGACUGAGAUCAAGCACGGCCGGGUGGCCAUGUAUGCCACAAUGGGGUACAUCGUGCCAGAGUACUUCAAAUGGCCUGGCUACCUUUCGCCGUCGAUGGGCCUGAAAUUCAGCGACAUCCCAAAUGGUUUGGCAGCUAUUACAAAGGUCCCAGGGAACGGUUGGGCUCAGAUUGUUGCCUUUGCUGGAUACUAUGAGCUCAGCGUGUACAAGUACAAGGGCGAACCGGGCUCAUACGGAUGGAAGUUGCUCACUGCCUCCGACGAAGAGGGACGGAAGCGCAAGCUUAGCGCCGAGCUUGCCAACGGACGUUUGGCAAUGAUGGCAAUCAUCGGCAUGUUCUUUCAGGAUGGCUUGACCGGCUCUGCCUGGGGUGACUGGUCGCUGUACACUGAUUCACCCCUUCGAGCAUUCGAGAACGAACUUGGCGUGCAGCCGCCGGUCGGAUUCUGGGAUCCCGUUGGCUACACUCGCGACGGCGAUGUGACUACCUUCAAGCGCCGCAGGGAGACUGAGAUCAAGCACGGCCGGGUGGCCAUGUAUGCCACAAUGGGGUACAUCGUGCCAGAGUACUUCAAAUGGCCUGGCUACCUUUCGCCGUCGAUGGGCCUGAAAUUCAGCGACAUCCCAAAUGGUUUGGCAGCUAUUACAAAGGUCCCAGGGAACGGUUGGGCUCAGAUUGUUGCCUUUGCUGGAUACUAUGAGCUCAGCGUGUACAAGUACAAGGGCGAACCGGGCUCAUACGGAUGGAAGUUGCUCACUGCCUCCGACGAAGAGGGACGGAAGCGCAAGCUUAGCGCCGAGCUUGCCAACGGACGUUUGGCAAUGAUGGCAAUCAUCGGCAUGUUCUUUCAGGAUGGACUGACUGGGUCUGCUUGGGGUGACUGGUCUCUCUACACGGACUCGCCUUUGCGGUGACAAGCCGUGCGCCCGACGUGAGCACGCUCCCUUGCUUUUAGCGCGCGGUUUCUGCGCGGGGUCUGCGCGACUCCGGCCGUGAUGGGCCAACUGAAAAUUGCUGUAUGGGCCAUGAGCAUGCAAUGAAGCACGUUGAAGCGCAUCAGAAGAGCUACUAAGUGCAUUCAACGUGUU